AUGCCGGAAGACCCAUACUAUGAUCUCGGUUCAUAUCAAUUACUCGUGAAGACAAGCUCUCCAGAGUGUCAACUCUGGUUUGAUCGCGGAUAUCGCUGGGCCCAAGGUUUCAAUCAUGGAGAAGCUGCCCAUUGCUUCAGGAAUGCUAUUACACAUGACGAAACUUGUGCCAUGGCAUAUUGGGGUCUUUCCUAUGCCAUUGGACCUAACUACAACAAGGCCUGGAUUCGAUUUGAUCGCUCCGACUUGCUUAAAUCCACCACCGAAGCCCGGCUCCUUCUUCAAAAAGCUCAAACAUACACUACCCAAGAAACCCCAGUGGAAUUUGCUCUAAUCGAGGCACUGAAAGCUCGAUUUCCACAGUCGGAAGUGAUACCUGAGGACCUUCGCUCUCUGGAUCGAAGUUACGGGGAGGCUAUGCGUCCGGUGUACGAAAAGUUUUCACAUGAUCUAGAUAUUGCCGCUCUCACGGCAGAAGCCUUGAUGUGUUUUACUCCGCGUGCUCUGUGGAACCUUGAUACUGGAGAGCCUACCGGUCAUCAUACUGUACUAGCUCAAAUCGCCUUGCCAGCAGCCGAUCGGCUACGCUUUUUAAUGCCCGAGGCAUCCCAUAUGCUGCAUAUGCCGACACACAUCGAUAUCGCCUGUGGUGAUUAUCGCAGAGCUGUCGAUUCAAACCACCAAGCUAUGCUUUCCGAUGAUAGGUUCUUUGCUCGGUCGGAAGGAACCAAUCUCUAUAAGUUAUACCGGGCGCACAACAUCUACGUGAAACUAUAUAGCGCCUUGAUUUCUGGUCGCUCCAAGGAAGCGCUCUCUGCGGCAAAUCGUCUGCCUGGAAUACUUACCACCGAGGUGCUUGCUAUUUCUAGCCCCCCGAUGGCAGAUUGGGCUGAGAGCUUUCUAGGUGCGAUUGUUCAUGUUUUAGUCCGAUUUGGCCGCUGGGAAGAAAUUCUUCAAAAUCUUCCGAUACCAGAGGACAAGCAGUUGUACUGUUCUACAACGAGUAUGAUCUAUUACGGUCGAGGUAUUGCACUUGCGGUGCUUGGUCGGGUUGAUGAAGCAAAGCUCGAGCAAGCCAAGUUUGAGGCGGCGAAAGCCUUCGUGCCGAGAACGCGUCUUAGUAGCCUGCCAGCUCUGGAGGCCGAUGUACUGAAUGUUGCAUCAGCUAUGCUGCAAGGUGAGAUCCAGUAUAGAGAGGGAAAUUUCGAAGCUGCAUUUCGGAGCUUGCGAGAGGCCGUUGCUCUGGAAGAUACUCUCCCUUAUUCGGACCCGCCGCCUUGGUUGCAGCCAACUCGGCAUGCGUUGGGUGCCUUGCUCUUAGAGCAAGGCCAUUUUGAGGAAGCGGAACUAGUAUACCGAGAGGACCUCGGACUAAGCGACAGCCUACCCAGGCGCAAAGCAAGAUUGAAUAAUGUUUGGGGACUUCAUGGUCUUCAUGAAUGCUUGACCAAGACCGGAAAAAUUGGAGAGGCAAAAGUAAUCGGCAUCCAGAAAGACCUAGCUUUAGCCUCUGCGGACGUACCCAUUGCUGCUUCAUGCUUCUGUCGUCUUUCUACCUCGCAGACAAUAAAUGGUCUUCAGCUCGAAAAAUCGGAAUGCUGCGCCUGA